CCUCGGGGGGCGCCGUAGGCUCGGGGAGGCUGCGGCGAUGGACGUGAACCAGCCGAAGCAGGAACAUCUCCUGGCGCUGAAAGGUCCUGUUUUCUUCAGAUCUGUGCAGCACAUGGCAAGGAAAGAUUGUAAAUAAGAUGCAUUACACUCUAGCUCUGAGGAUCCUAAUCAAGACACUAUUUCUUUUAUUAAGAAUAACUGAAUUCCUACAGCAUAAGCAUGGAAAUAGUCUUGCAUUACCGACCAGGCCACAGUGACCAAACAGCAUUGAGAAAAAUUGCAGAAGAAGCAGUAAAGGAAUUUCCUGUUCGGCAGCUCCCGAGAUUUAUACCUUGGUUUCCAGAUGAUUUGUGUGAACUUCCCCUUAAGCCUAAAAGAAAACCACCAGUUAUUUCUGGUGAAGAAGCAGAAGAAAUUAAACAACAUCUUGGAGCGUCAGAACCCUUUAUUCAUUCUCUGUGUUAUGACUGCGUAGCAGACCUUCAGGAGUUUCAUCCUAACUUGAAAACUGGACAGACUUUAACCCAGGCACAAACUACAAACGGACACUUUGGUUCAGACAAUCCAGAAAAAGAAUCUGCAAAUGAAAAGCAAAAAUUAAGAAGGUCUUGGAGUGUCUCUGUUCCUAGAUCUAAACAUAAAGAAAAAAUUCUUCCUUUAUCUAGAGAACUGCAAAAUAAUUUAAAAAGACUAAAAAUACAUGCUUUUCAUAGAGCAAAAUGGUCAAUUGAGCAUUCUAUAUGUAAUAAUCAGACUCUGGAGGAUAUUUGGAUAAAACUGAACAAAAUGAUCAAGCAUAACGAAUUGCCAUCCUGCAAUGCUACAAUUCAGAGAGCUGUGGGCCAGAUAUGGGUUUUCUGUGACAUAUUGUACUCUGAAUAUGUUGGCAAUAUUCUUAGGGAAAGGUUAAAGCUUACUGGGAAAAUGAACUUGCUUGUACAUAAAUAUGGAAGUAUAUUUAGUUUGUAACUUAGAUUAAGUUAAACUGUAGUAUUACUGUCUGGGACACUAGGUUUGGUUUUGUUUUUUCAAAAUAAAUUUAAAAUAAGCAAUACAUGCUGAAGGACUUUAGAACAACUUACAAAUUCACGAGCAGGACACUAUUUUAACAUUAUUCUGGUUACAUUUGUUUCCUUGAAUGUAAUUUUGUUCAACUGUGAAUGACAUCAAUGUAUUUUGUAACUUAAAUUUUUGCCCUCCCCUCUACGUGGAUAGAGCAAGAGUCCAUUUUCCGGGACUAUUGCUUUUAUUUCUGAACAAUGAAAUGACACCUCUGUGAAGCCAGAGGUCUUUCUCACUUGACUGAAGUUAGGGGAGCCGGGGCGGUGGGGAAAGGGGCAGGAAGGAAGAACAGAACUUUACAUUGUGAAAAUCAUCUACUUCAGAAAGUGUUUAGUCUUGUCCCAGAGGUCCAAGAUGCUAACUCCAGGCAAGAACUUUUACUUGAAAGAACAGCCCUAGUUUUAAAUGUGAAAUUUCUUGUAUUCCACAAAAGCCUUGUUAUCUCAUACUCAUUGUGAAUUAUUUGCCUCAAAUAUUGCAUAAUAAUAAUAAAAAUCCUGAGGUUAGAGAAGUUGUUAAUGCUGGAGUAAUAAAUGUGUUCACUUCUGUUA